UAUCAUUGAAACGGGAAGGGGAAAUUUGCUGGCAACGUUCCAGAGCAAAAGCGAAACCCCAAUUCAUCACUCGGGAGCUUAGAAUACCUGCUGAUGGCGUCAGUUCGAAGUCCCUCAUUGUUCGCUCCUCUUCUUCCCCUUCGACCCAAUCCUAAAUUCUUUUCAUUCUUUCCAGCAGAAAACUUUAGUCACUCUAAAAGUUCCAUGCUGAUCCUCUCUUGUUCUCCUCCGAAGACCAUCCCAAUCACCGAGCAAGAAGUGCUUCAAGCCGUAGCUGAGUCCGAUGACAAGGUCCUCCCAUGUGUGAGGACAUACGAAAAUGACAUGGCUCGUCUAACUUUGGUUGGAGCCGUGGAUUUCGAGCAGGCUUUGACGGCGGCUGCGGCUGAUGGCGGCGAUGCUGCCUCCGAGCACAUUGACUCGGGUAUGCCGGCUAUGGUUGUGGAAACCGUCUUUCCAGGCCCUUCCGACGAGCGCAGCACUGUCUCUACUCGACUGUUCUUGCCAGCUCAAAAAGUUAAAGAAAAAGCUGCUAAACUCAGGAGGCAUCUCUCUGAAGAUAUCUGGUCUGGCACUGGAUCAAAGAAUAUACUUGCAAUGACUUUUAGGCAAGUAGUUUUGCAACAGCUUUGGAAUGUUGACUUGAUUGUCUUUCCCCCUGGAGCAGUUAGAAACAUGGAGGAUCUUGAAAAUCCAAGAGAGGUCCCUGCAUCUUUCACGCUCAGCUUGUCAGAUGAAUAUCUUGUCUCCAUUCUUGCUGAAGUUGUCUGUAUCUCUUCUCUUCAAGACACUAAAAGACAGUUUGCUGAUAAUAUAUGGGGUGGUAAUUCAAGUACUUUAUUUCGUUUGUUUCGAAAGUCUGAGAGAAUAGUGUCAAAAGAUUCCUCUGUGGUCAUAUACAAAUUAUUUGAAGAUGAGAUAGUUGAAAAUGCCAGGAGUCUGUUGGAUAAUUAUAAUUCAAUGAAGCAUAUGUUUAUGCCGGUGAAAACAAAGCCUAGACACCACUGGUGGAAUCCAUCCUGUUACACAAAAUUAGAGAAGAUUGGUGGUUCUGAUUUUAGUGCCUGGACAAGCGAGUAUGUACCAGCUUACAGAUUAGAAAUUGACGCUAAGCGAAUGGGAAAUGCAAAAUUUGAAGGCUGGAAGAAGUGUGCAGAUAAUAAGUGGGAAGUUCAUUUGACCCACUCUCAAAUGAUUGGAUUGGCAGAAGCAUUGGAUAUGUACUAUGAGGAUCCUUACUCGCUUCGUGAUAAGCAAUUAUCUUGUGGCAUGGCUGCCAAAUUUGCUGAAGUGUCAAAUAAAAAGGGGAGCUCUCUAUUAAGACUGUUGUCAGUUACCCUUGCAAGUGGCAUCUUUCUUGUAGCAAUCAAUGCUCUUGGCCGACUUUAUUUGCCUCAUUUACCCAAGGAAGGAAAACGCCUCAGGGAACUUAGAUCUCUGUCAUCAUCUGAAGUCCACAGUACAUUAGAUGAAUCUUUGGAUGUAAAUAAGUUGGAAGAGUUUUGUGUCUCAGCUAUUAUGAAAGUCAAAGAUGCUUUUGGCUGGUCGGGUGAUAUUAUGAAAGAAGAUGGCAUUGGAGUUUGGACUGGAAAACUGCCAGCUUACAUGAGAACAUUGGGGGCAUCUAUAUCUGAUGGUGAAGUUGUUUCAGCUCUUUCUACUUCAGAGAAUAUGGAUGCAGAUGCAGCAAAAGUGGCUAUACAGGACAUUGCUAGUUAUCAGGUGGUUUUCUCUAGCGAUGGGAAGAUAAUUGGUUUUCAACCCUUGAGUAGGGUGGCUGUGAACCUCUGGGCCGCCAACCCUCUAGCAAAGGAACUCUAUCAAGGGAAAAAGCUUUCCCCAGGUAUUAUUGAACCUGGUCUCAAGAUUUCUCGUCCAAGUGAGAUAAUUGUUUUAGAGUUGCUGGUGUCCGUAAAACCUGACGCGUAUUUCGCCUUGGCCAGGCCCUUUCGAUGAUCCAUAUACCAUUUUUUCCACUGCUUUUAUUGGGCCUAUGACCUUUCCCCCUCCGUGUUGAACCUAUGUGGGCUGAAAAUGAUUCAAUGUUGAAAAAAAAUAAUAAAAGGGGCCUUCAUGGAGGAAGAUGGAUGACGAUGUAAUCAUCUCUACUGUUUUGUGUUGCGUGAUAAAAUGGCUACGUUAAUUCGUUGUGAUGUUUUUUCCAGCCAUUCAAUAGUCAAUACGUAUGCUUAAUUUUCUCUUUAA